ACGAGGGAAAUUUAUGAGGAGAAAAGACGUGAUUUUCGCGUUUCUUUGAGGAUUUAAAAACGAAAAUCUUGCCUGCAAUCAGAAGUACUGCCCGCGUUUUUACCGCGAGGAGGUGACUCGUUAUUACUUCGGACUGUUUCAUCCACACCCAUUAAGUGAUUGAGAUCUUCAGUGAAGCUCCUCCUACAACAAUCCACCAACAAAUGCUGGAGUCAAACACACAGAGAAAUCACUCCAUGUGUGACAACUGAAAUCUUCAUGACAUAUUGUAGAUGCUGGUGAAAGAGGAGCUUGAGAAGAUGACAGAUCCACAACCAUGCAGAAUAAAGGAAGAAGAUACUGAGGAACAAAUAGAUAUGAUGGAAGUGAAAGAGGAGAGUCAAGCUGAAGUGGAUGAGAAACAUCAGAUUGUAAAAAUAAACCAUAAUGUUUCACAGAAAGAAACUCUGAAGACAGAAGACAUAAAGUGUGAAAAUAGUUUCAGAGAAGAUGAACGCCCUGCAGAUCACAUGAGGACUCACAGUAAGGAGAAACCUUUCACAUGUCAACAGUGUGGAAAGAGUUUUAGAAGAAAAGAUAACCUUAACUUACAUGUGAGGGUUCACACCGGAGAGAAACCUUACACAUGUAAACAGUGUGGAAAGAAUUUCAGAACAAAAGCUAGCCUUAACACACACAUGAGGAUUCACACUGGAGAGAAACCACACGUGUGUCAUCAGUGUGGAAAGAGUUUUACAACUGCAGGUAACCUUAAGAAACAUUUGAGGAUUCACACUGGAGAGAAACCUUACACAUGUCAACAGUGUGGAAAGAGUUUCUCUGCUCAAGGUAGCCUUAAGAUACACACAAGGAUUCACACCGGAGAGAAAAAGUUCACAUGCCAUGAGUGUAAAAAAUGUUUCAGAAUAAAAAGUAGCCUUAUAGCACACAUGAAAAUUCACAAAAGAGAGAAACCUCACAUGUGUUUUCAUUGUGGAAAGAGUUACGGUGAUAAACGUGGACUUGAGACUCACAUGAGAAUUCACACUGGGAAGAAACCUUUCAGAUGUCAUGUGUGUGGAAAGAGUUUCACCUUUCAAUCAGGCCUUUGUCGGCACAAGAAAGCUCACAUGGGGGAAAUGUUAUAUGCAUGCCAGCAUUGUGAAAAGAGUUUCCCAGAUAAAAGUCAACUUAAGAUACACACGAUGAUUCACACUGGAGAGAAACCAUUCACGUGUCAUCUGUGUGGAAAGAGUUUCAGAAUAAAAGAUUACCUUAACGUACACAUGAGGAUUCACACUGGAGAGAAACCACAUCUGUGUCAUCACUGUGAAAAGAGUUUUACAACUACAGGUAAACUUAAGAUACACAUAAGGACUCACACUGGAGAGAAACCUUACACUUGUCAACAAUGUGGAAAAAGUUUCUCUGCUGAAAGUAACCUUAAGAGGCAUGAAAGAAUUCACACUGAAGAGAAACCGUUCACAUGCAAUGAGUGUGAAAAAUGUUUCAGAAUUAAAUGUAGCCUUAUAACACACAUGAAAAUUCACACAGGAGAGAAACAAUACGUGUGUUGAGUUUCAGAAAUAAACAUGGACUUGAGACUCACAUGAGAAGUCACACUGGAGAGAAACCUUAAAUAUGUCUUUAGUGUGAAAGGAGUUACACAAGUGAAGUUGCUCUUAAGAAACGCGUGACAAAUCUCACCGCAGAAAAAACUUUCACAUGUCAUCACUGUGGAAAGAGUUUUAUACAUAUUUAAUACCUCAAUAGACAUGGAAAUAAAAUACUCAAAAUUAUUGACAAAUACAUGCACAGUUAUCUGUGAACUGUUACAAAUGUAUUUUACUAUCCACGAACAAAUGUCUUAAGAUUUGAAUAUGUGAAAUUCAGAAUAUGAAUGAACGUGUAUCGAUUUGUACAAAUGUUUUAUUUUGUAUUCAAAUAUCAUAAUUUGUGCAUGCAAAAAAGAGGAUGUGCAUUUGUGGAUCAGGCGACGCGCGUGCAUUCAUCCUGGUCUGUUCAUACGAGUUUUGAGACUUAAAGGUCGUGUUGCAGGUAAAAAUUUUCAACGAAUUUGUGCAAUUUGCUUGUUGAUAAUAAACAUUUAAACUGUUAUUCCUUGUAUUUUAUGUUGUUGGGUAUCACAAAACAGAAUUUAAUACGAAAAAGUACAGCGGUUUGCAAUGAUUCUCCUUUCCCCCACAACGCACUGUAUGACGUCACGCCGGGGAGAGAAUUUACCAAAGCCGCCUUGAGAGCAUUGAGAAUGACUAUAGAAAGACGAGUAAAGUACAGUUCUGAUAGCGCAGAUGAUAGAUAGAUAGAUAGAUAGAUAGAUAGAUAGAUAGACAGACAGACAGACAGACAGGCUAGUAUAGAGAGAUAGGCAGACAGCAUAACGUUAGCAUAACUUUGUGUAGAAAGUAAACAAACAAUUAACAUACUCGUGCGUGCUGGCUUGAGGGGGACCAUGAUCCUGCCUGAAAUGGGUGUAUGCGAUCUUCAGCACGAACGGAUUUAGGCAGCAUGUCUCAAAUCCUGGAAGCUGAGUGAGGCACGUCACAUCUGUUCGCGGGGAAAGCUUCUCGAUCGGUGACCAAAACGCACUCACUUCCAGCCAGUAGCGGAGUCGGGACUUUCCCGCUGGGUCGGUGUUAUAAUAGUUAUACAUUUCGAGUUAAGUUAUAUUAGAAAGACCGUCUGGCGGCGUGAUGUGAGGCUGGUUCCCGCAGCCCGCUGGUCAAACUGUGCAGCCUCUCUGAUCAACAAAGUAUAGAAGAGUGCUCAACCCGUUCGGCAGGUCCAACCAUGUACAGGAUUUCUAAAAAUACAGUGAUCAAUGAGCGGUUCCUCCUCAAAUGGCAUAGUCUGUCGUGAUGUAAAAAGCCGCCGAACGCCUGUUUAAAUGCAGUAUGUAUGCGGUCGGAUCCGAGUGUGCUGCAGCUGCUGCUUCUGCGUAUAAAAUGAUUGUGUGAUUCUUUAUGAUCGCAUAAACAAUAUAACAAAGCAACCUUUUAUUUCACAAAACAAUAUAUUUUAGAUAUUAUUUGAUAAACUAGUAAGUGUGGAUUAAGGAUGUUUAAAAAUCUCUAGCCUGGUGGUCACGACAUGAAUGGAUCAAAUCAGCAGAUUUACGAAGUUUUAUUUAUCUCCACUUAUAUCAUAAAUAUUAAUUAGGAUGGUAACUUUGCAGUAUACAACAUUAUAUAUUUCCUACGAUGUAUAUAUGAUUUCCAAAUGAUUUGUUAAUAGUAUUAAAUGGCAAUAAAUGUCUCAUCUAUCUCUAUGGCUUUGGCUGAGUCUUUCUCCACUUCUCCCCAACGUGACGUCAUCGCCGAAUUGGGUAAAAAAAAAGUUAAUACCAAAAAACGUAAAAAAGUGGUCUUUAAGACAAUUUUUGAGACAUUUUAAAAAUGAUAUACAUUUCUUGAGUGAUUUAUGUACCCAUUAAUCGACAGUGGUGGUUAGCCUGCAACACGCCUUUAAGUAGCGUGGUUCGCAUUGAAAGAUCCACGAGCACAGCUGUGCUAAGAAAACAGUUACCACUAGGUGUCAGUCUAACAGAGUUUCACACAAGGCGGUGAAACUCUGUGUUUUCUGUGUUUCCCUUUAGUUUGGUGUUUUAUAGCAUUAUACACAUAUACAUACAUACAUAUAUAUAUAUAUACACAUAUACAUACAUGCACAUAUAUAUACACAUAUACAUACAUUUAUAUAUAU